AUGUUCAUCGUUCUUAGGAGUGGUAACUGGUACAGUGAUUUAUUAGUCGAGGAUUUUGAAGAUCUCUUGCCGUCAGAAGAAAUGUCGGAAAAUCAAAACUACGUGGACAAUGCGGCUGUUGAAAUUGCGGUUGAUUCCGACACCUCAAGUGACGUGGUUAUCGUGGAAGAGCUUAGUCAGGUCUCAAAGAAUUUAAUAAUUGAUCGCGUUCUUCGACCUCGUACAUCGCUUAACGCCUUCCAUCUCAGAUGUUUUUCAUUGCCGUCGGUAUCCACUUCUAAAGUGCAUCGUAGUAAAAAGCCAAGCGGUGGCCAAUGCAGCUCCAAGAAGUCCUCUACCUCCAUGCUCGUCCCUCCCGUUAGUCGCUCAUUGGCAAUACCCAGCCUAUUUUCCAACGAAGAAGCUCCUUCUACUCAUGAUCUAAUUGAUUUUACUGCUAACGUUGGAGCCGCCCUCUCUGCUUCCAACAAAAUUACUCCAUCUCCUCGUCUUAUCACGAAAAGGCGACGACGACCAACCGUAUUUGUCAGAGCUCAUAAGCGCAAGCAUUCAACAAACGCUUCAGCUACCAAUUCUGUAGAAACAGUGGUCAGAAGUGUUAUGCAAAGUAGUCGCGCGGUUUUUAGUCGGUUGCAGUCCAAAUCCAACAAGUUGGCUCUGGACCGUUCUGCUGAAUUUCUUCUGAAACAUCCCUUUUUAUAUCCUUGGGAACGUGACGAAGAUAGAAUGAAUGGAGGUCAAUGGCGUGAACGACGUGCAUAUUAUCAUAUGCCACUUGAUCGGCGGUUGGUGUGGUGGACACUCGCGUUCUUCGCUGUAGCAGCGUCAGCCGAAACAAUUGGUGAGGAUUAUGUGUGGAUGACAGACCCUCAGACCCAUGAACGAUAUCAGGUCCUUCGAUCAUCUUAUGACCGAGAUAAGGCCUUCUUCUUGGGGGAAUCCACCCUCUCUAACCGAUUUUCUCAUGCAUACCUCGAUGCCCUAGCAAAUCAAUGCAAUGCUGUUACAGGCCCCCCAAGCGUCUUUGAGUUUCUCAAUCAUACGUUGAUUGCUGUUGCUGAAUUCUGUUUCAACCCUGAAAUCUACCCCUAUUCCUUCGAGAUUUACUUGCGUCUCUUUGAAACCAUCCGUUGGGGGCCUUAUACACUAGCCGCCUUAGUAGCAGUUGUGUUCACGUUUGCACGUUUCUUCUGCGCAAAAUUAUUCCUCAAGACCAAAGUAGGUCAGCGAUUUACUACCGAACACUCUCAGAAGAAAGCUAUGACACCGUUAUGGAAUACGAUUUCGUAUACCUUCCUCUUCUCUGUGGAGAUAGGCACUUUGUUGAAUUGUGGAUACGACGAUUUUGUCUACCCACUGUGUAUAUUCAAGGAUAUCCAUUUUAAACGUAAGUGA